AUGGAACAAAUACUAUGGCAAGAAGAAGAAUUAACAGCAAAUAAGGAAGAAGUAAAAAAAUAUAAUGAAGAAGUAACAAAAUGGAGGGAAACUGUAACACAAUUAAUAGAAAGUACCAAAACAAAAAACCUGACAAUAGAGACACAGCAACAACAAAUACAAAUACAACAACAACAAAUAGAAACACAACAACAGCAUAUGCAAGAACAAAAUAAACGAAUUAGUCUUUUGGAAACAACAAUCAGGGAUCAAAAAGAACAAAUUGAAAAAUGGUUCCAAGCUCUAAAAGACAUGAAACAAAUACCAAAAGUUCCACCUAAAAUAGCCUCCCUUUCCGCCCCACCUGAUAUACAAAAUAUGCUGCAAAAUCCACCUUCAGGUACACCGAUUCUUCCUAAUGUACCACAACACUCACCACCAAACACCGCGCCAAAUUUGGAAGCGGGAGCCCCAGCACUCAUUAGCGUAUCCCAGACUGCUGGAACUCCACCUAGCGCAGGAGCGCAUCUUCCGUCUACGGUAGCUGGUCCUAGUUCUAGCGUCACGUUUCCAGCAAUGGGACAGUCGAAUGGAACAAUUAGUACUACGGCACAUGUUCCUGAUCCGUAUGAUAUUAAUAGUUACGGGACAUAUCAAGUGACUAUAUUCGAUGAAGCCCAACAAGAAAUAUUAGUCUCAACGCUUAUUACAGUCGUACCGGAUACGAAAAUAUGUGUACCAAAACAAUUUGUAAUUAGAGACGCACUGAACAAUAUUGUGGUUGGUGGAAGAGUCACAUUAAAAAAUGGCAACGGAACAAUCGCUUUCACUGGAGUCACGGAUUCCACAGGUACCGUUCGGAUAUCCGAUACUCUUCCUGAUGACAUAUAUGAUGUUGAAAUUAAUUCUAAUAACUCACAACUGAAAACAUUACAAUUCAAAAUGGUUGUUUUCCGAGGCAUACGACCACCGAACAGCAAUCAGUUUCCUGCCCCAAAUGUGCCCAAUCCAAAUCAAAUGAAAUUUGUACUGAAAUGGGAUGCUCUUCCAGCAGAUUUGGACUCACAUAUGUUUGCUUCCAAUGGAACGCACGUUUAUUAUCAGAAUACAGCGGCUGGCACGAUGUCACUCGAUUGUGAUGUCACAAGUGGCGACGGUCCAGAAACUAUCACCGUUGAUUUUCAGCCAAACGUGAAAUAUGUUUAUGUCGUUCAUAGGUAA